GGGGAGGGGAAGGGAAGGGGAGAAGGAAGGAAGGAAAUGGCGUCCUGGGCACGGGCGGUGCGGGGGUUGUUGCUGGAUGUCAGCGGCGUCCUGUACGACAGCGGUGGGGAUGGAGGAGUGCCCAUCGCCGGGUCGGUGGAGGCGGUACGCAGGAUCAAAGCAUCCGGGCUGAAGCUCCAGUUCUGCACAAAUGAAACCCAAGCCACCAGGGAGAAUUUUGUGAAGAAGCUCCAGGGCAUGGGCUUUGACAUCUCUGUGGCUGAAGUGACUGCCCCAGCACCAGCUGCCUGCCGCCUCCUGAAGGAACGCAGCCUCAGACCACACUUGCUCGUCCAUGAUGAUCUUCUCCCUGAAUUUGAUGAGAUUGAUAAAGGAAACCCAAACUGUGUGGUUCUAGGAGAUGCAGCAGAAAACUUCACUUAUGCAAACCUCAAUGAAGCUUUCAGAGUUCUGAUGGGGUUGGAGAAGCCUGUUUUGAUCUCCCUUGGGAGAGGACGCUACUAUAAAGAAACUGAUGGUCUGAAACUUGAUGUUGGAGCAUAUAUGAAGGCAUUAGAGUAUGCCUGUGAUGUUGAAGCUGAGGUAGUGGGAAAACCAGCAAAAGCAUUUUUUGAAUCAGCCUUAGCAGAACUGGGAGUUCCACCCCAGCAGGCCAUCAUGAUUGGAGAUGAUAUCCUGAAUGAUGUCGGCGGGGCCCAGCGCUGCGGGAUGAGAGCUCUGCAGGUGCGGACAGGGAAGUACAGGCCUUCUGAUGAAAACCACCCCCAGGUGACACCCGAUGCCUAUGUCACCAACCUGGCUGAAGCUGUUGACAUCAUCCUGCAGCAGCUGUAAAGCAGAGCAUGGAGGAGGAGGAGGAAGAGGAAGGAGGGGAAAGCCUCACCUGCAGCCCCUCAGGAGGACACUUCAUCCUCUCCCAGCUUUGCCCAGGAUGCUGAAUUCUGCCUUCCUCACCCUGUGAUGUGCUGGGACUGACCUGAUCCACAGAACUCACCAAGGGAGCAUCCAACCUGCAGCCCUGCUUGAACAUCAUCCCCUUGGUGGCCUGCCCCAAACAGCACAGGUGACAUCAGUUCAUCUAAAAGUAGGGCUGAGCCUUGUCUGUCUUAAGGUCUGUCCCACCCUGAGGAGGGGGCUGUACCCCCUUUAACCCUUUGCCCAGCCCUGGGUGGGAAACUGGGGGGGAGCUGCUACUCCUUUGCUGUUUAACUCACCCUUUCUGUGCCUUUUGGGGUGCAUGAGGUGGCAUGGGGGGUGUUCUUGAGAGGUGAUGGUGGCCACCAAACCCUCUGUGGGGUCUUGUGUGUGCCUCUGGCUGUGGGGGGCACAAAACCCCUGGGGAGGGGGGCUGGAUCUGUACCCUUGUUAAGCUGGUGACCACGUUUCUGCCACGUUCAGCCCCUGCCUGGCACCUCCUCUGGUUAAGGCUUGGGAAUCCAGUGAUGCUGCAGCACAUCAUGGGGUUUUGGCCCCAUCCUGCCAGGAAUAAACCUCAUUCUGCAGAGUUGGAAGAGCUGUCACUGUGUUGUCACAUCAGUGCUGGCAGGGAUGGAUGCUCUGAGGACUCAGAAUGCUUUUUUCCUGGAUGGAAUAAGCAGGUGAGGGGUAGUGGGACUGAUGGACUUUCCCUUCUCUCCAUGAAGGGUCUUGUAGGCAGUGUGGCUGGGGACACACGUGGGUUUCCUACCCCUUCCCUAGCUGAAGCUUACCCCAGUCCUGAGGGACACCUAAGUGAUGUUCCAUGGUCCUGGAGCAGCCUUUGAGUGUUGGAAACCCUUCUUUUUCAGAGCUACCACAGCACCCCUUGGGGAAAAUGGGCUGGGAAUUAAAUUCUAAUAAAACAAACCACAUCUGGGAAAA